GACUUGCAGUUUUCGUCUGACAGUUGUGAAGCUAGCAUCAGUUCAGGACUUCAUAGCGUUUACUGAUCUCUCAUACUCUUUUACUUACCUGUCCUGUGGACUCCAGGAAGAUGGUUGUCAGCUGUCGCCUGCUUACUGUUCCUGACAGCAGUGACAGGAGACAUGGGCUUAUCCCUAGCUGUGGGGCACUGCUGGCCCGGGAAGUAAUACAAGACGUGUUGAUUUCUGAACACUGUCUGUGGAAGUUCUAAAAGAGGAAGAACUUGGCUAACCAUGAACUUUAGACGCGGAACUUUUAUUCUAAAUGUGGGUGGUAGCCGGCAUCGCUUCCCCAACGAAGUGCUGGCCAGUUUCCCACUGAGAAGGGUCAGCCGCUUGCAUGGCUGCGCAUCAGAGCAAGAGGUACUGGAAGUGUGUGAUGACUACGACCGGGAACGUAAUGAAUACUUUUUCGAUCGUCACUCGGAGGCUUUUGGCUUCAUCCUUCUCUAUGUCAAGUAUGGCAAGCUGCGUUUUGCUCCUCACAUGUGCGAGCUCUCUUUUUAUAAUGAAAUGCUAUACUGGGGCUUGGAGGCAGCACAUCUCGAGUACUGUUGUCAAAGGCGGUUGGAUGACAGGAGAUCCGAGACUUACUAUGCCUGUUACUCGGACGAGUCAUCUAAAGAAGAGGACGAUGAGAGCUGCCCAGCUAUUCCCAGUACAAUCAGGACUCCAGAGCCUCAAACGUCUCAUGGCGGCAAAAAGUGGCUGGAGAGGAUGAGGAGGACCUUUGAGGAGCCCACGUCUUCUGUGGCUGCGCAGAUCUUAGCCACAGUCUCUAUUCUAUUUGUUAUCGUGUCCAUGGUAGUGCUAUGCGCUAGCACCUUACCUGACUGGAAAACGGCCGAAAACAACAGCGUGGAGGAGCACAGGUAUACCACAGAGAGUUUAAUGGCACCAUCAGGGAUAAUUGAGGCUGUGUGCAUUGGCUGGUUCACUGCAGAAUGUAUAGUAAGGUUUAUAGUGUCACGGAACAAGUGCGAGUUUGUCAAGAAGCCCCUGAAUAUCAUUGACUUGCUGGCCAUUUCACCUUACUACAUUUCUGUUUUGUUGACCAUUCUUACUGGAGAGAAUUCUCAGCUGCAGAGAGCUGGGGUCACACUAAGGGUUCUCAGAAUGAUGAGGAUCUUUUGGGUGAUCAAACUUGCCAGACACUUCAUUGGCUUACAGACACUUGGGUUGACACUCAAACGCUGCUACAGAGAAAUGGUGAUGCUGCUUGUGUUCAUCUGUGUUGCCAUGGCAAUUUUUGGGGCACUUUCUCAGCUCUUAGAACAUGGACUGGACCUUGAAACCAAAAAUGAAGACUAUGCUAGCAUUCCUGCUGCCUGCUGGUGGGUGAUCAUUUCUAUGACUACUGUCGGCUAUGGAGAUAUGUACCCUAUCACUAUGCCUGGAAGAGUUCUUGGUGGUGUCUGUGUAGUUAGUGGUAUUGUUCUUCUAGCAUUGCCUAUUACCUUCAUCUACCAUAGCUUUGUCCAGUGCUAUCAUGAACUGAAGUUUAGAUCAGCUAGGUACAGUAGACCCAUCUCCACUGAAUUUUUGAAUGGGUAAUCAGUGGUGGUUUCUUGCCUUUCUUUAUAUAUGAAACUGUAGUACACUGAAGCUAUGUUCCAGCUUGUUUUGAUUCAAAUGUAUUUUGUGAAGAGACUCGCCUGUUAUCUGCAGCCUUUUAUAGAAAGAAAUAUUCUUAUAUAAUUUAAGUAAAAAUGAAAAAAAAAAUAUUUAGCUGGUAAAAAUGUAAUUGCACUGCAGCAUUCAGAGAAAUUAUUCACUACUCUUUGCAUUUUUUGUUAAAGUAACAUCAGUCUUUCAGUGUGGAGGUGAGUUGUGAUAGAAACAUGUACUGCAUAUAUGUCUAUGCUAAAAAUAAGAUGCACAGAAUUAGUAUUUGUUAAGCAGCUUUUAUUUCUUUAUUUUUUCAUUAUGACCCUUCUGCUAAUUUUUAACUGUUUUCCCUACUGACAGUGCCACCUUAACGAUAAGUUAGCUGGAGAACUGUAACUUGGCCAAAAUUAACAGCCAAGAUCAACAUCCUGUGUUGCACCAUAAUGUACAUUAACAGAUAAAAUGUAGAUUUUCUUAAUUAUGCCUGACUCUUACACUGUGAAAGUUAAUGGUAACAAAGAUUCAUUCUGCAUUAAAAUCAAACUGCCACAAUCUGUAGUUAAAAACUCUCUGCCACUCGAAACUGUUUAAUGCUGAUUUUUUUAUGGAGAAGUUUGGGAAGGAGUCAAACAUUAUGGUUGUCUUUUUGACAUAACAUUUUAUGGCAUAAAUGUCAGUCCUCUGCUACCCAAGAUGAGCAGAUUUUGUUUGCUCAAACAUGUUUCUUCUACUGGAGUAGGUUUCAAUUAACUGCCGUGCUAAUCUGUUGAAUGGUACUUCUAGGUGUUUCUACCCCCCCCCACACACAUAUAAAAACUGUAAGAUGAACACAUCAGUAUUUCAUGGUUAAUUCAAUGGUGUAAUAGUUUCUCAUGUUUCAUUGGUAUGCAGUUCAUUCUAAUAUCAUAUUGGCUUUCUUGGCUAAGAAGUUAAAAUGAAUAUUAUCCUGUAUUUUUAAAGGAACAUAAUUUUGUCUGCCUGCCAGUAGCAUAUAGGAGAUUGGAAAGAUCUGUAAACUAAAUUAAAAUUCAUAUUAUAAAGUGCAUCAGACUUCUACAAGAAUCACAUAAACUCACUACAUUGCUCUUGUAUUGAGAAGUCCCAGUAUGGAGUGAAGGCUCAUUGAACGGCACUGUUCUUAAAUUCGAUUGGACUUUCCUUGGCAGUCUCCUCAACAUCACUGGUAACACUGCUAAUUUUUAUUUAAAGUUAGGGUUUGCCAAGGAAUGAUUAAGGUUGUUCUGUUACAUCAUAAAGAUAUGAAGUGCAUGUGCAUGUCUGCUUGUGUGUGUGUGUGUGUGUGUGUGUGUGUGUGUGU